AUGUCAAAGCUAGUCGAGGUUUUUUUGGGGAAUCUGUGGACGCAACGAUUCACCUUCGCCCGCAUGGGCUUCGACCUUCAGCCGGCGACGGGUGGAGGCGUCCUCCGAUUGCCACUGCUCUACGGGAUUAUGGUCUGCUCCACCACAUUCGAGCUUUGCACCGUCUGCGCCUUCAUGGUCAAGCAUCGCAACCAGAUUGUGCUCUGCUCUGAGGCACUGAUGCACGGCCUGCAGAUGAUCUCGUCGCUGCUGAAGAUGGCCUUCUUUCUGGCCAAGUCCUCUGAUUUGGUGGCCCUCAUCCGCAUGGUGCAGGCUCCGUUUACCGAUGACAGUGUCUUGGGGUUUAAGGAGUGGAGCUCGCAGAACCGCCGGGGCCAGCUAAUGGCCGCCGUCUACUUUGCCAUGUGUGCCGGCACAAGUAUAUCUUUCCUGCUGAUGCCAGUGGCACUGACCAUGUGGCGGUACCACUCCACGGGGGAGUUUGUGCCAGUCAGCUCGUUCCGAGUGCUACUUCCCUACGACGUCACCCAGCCGCACAUUUAUGCCAUGGACUGCUGCCUGAUGGGGUUCGUGCUCACUUUCUUCUGCUGCUCCACCACCGGAGUGGACACCUUGUACGGUUGGUGUGCCCUGGGCCUGAGUUCCCAGUACCGCCGCCUGGGACGCCAGCUGAAGCGCCUUCUCAACAGUCAUUCUAAUUCCUCUCGCUCCGACCUGGGCCUGAGCGAGCUGUUCUUGGAGCAUGCUCGUCUCCUGAAACUGGUGGAGCACUUUAAUGCCAGCUUCAAGCAGAUUGCCUUUGUGGAGGUUCUGGUGAUCUGUGUGCUCUACUGCGCGGUUAUCUGCCAGUACAUAAUGCCGCAUUCCAACCAGAAUUUCGCUUUCCUCGGCUUCUUCUCGAUGGUGGUGACCACGCAGCUGUGCAUCUAUCUCUUUGGAGCGGAGCAAAUAAGGCUAGAGGCCGAGAGAUUUGCCAGGCAGCUGUACCAGGAGCUGCCCUGGCAGAAGCUCACACCGUCGCACCGAAGGCUGCUGCUCUUUCCCCUACAAUUGGCACAGAGGGAGACCGUCCUGGGGGCCUACUUCUUUGACCUGGGCAGACCUCUGCUCGUCUGGAUAUUUCGCACGGCGGGCUCCUUUACAACCUUGCUCAAUGCUCUCUAUGCCAAAUACGAGACGGUUUAA